UGUUUUUCCCGCCUUGCGCGUCACUGACUGUUUGACUGAUGGAGCUAGCGAUGGACGCUUACAUCAGCUGUGAGAGGCUUUGACAGAGGGGAUUUGGCUGGUUUUGGACACAGAGUGCAGUUGGCAGAUAUGGUGAGGCAGAGCAUAAUGACGGAGUUGUCUCUGCAGGAGAAGUCCCUGGCGGUGGGCCAAGUAGGGCAGAGCUGCGGGGGAACUCAAGAGAAUGGGGUCACUUCAGAGGAGAGACAGCACCUUUCACAGGGCCCAGCAGAAAUUGAGAAAAGCCAGCCAGUGAAUAUCCCAGAUGCAGCUAAAAGAAAGAAGAAGAAAAGAACUAGAGCAACAGACAGCUCCACAGGCACUUUUGAUGAUCUGUACAAACUGACUGAUGAGGUGCUCGGUCAGGGGGCUUAUGCUAAAGUUCAAGGAUGCAUAAGUCUGCAGAAUGGACAGGAGUUUGCUGUGAAGAUCAUAGAAAAGAGUGCAGGGCACAGCCGCAGCAGAGUCUUUCGAGAAGUGGAGACUCUCUACCAGUGUCAAGGAAACAACAACAUUUUGGAAUUGAUCCAGUUCUUUGAAGACAGCUCCUGCUUUUAUUUGGUCUUUGAAAAGCUGCGUGGCGGCUCCAUUCUUACGCACAUCCAGAACCGCAAGUACUUUGAUGAGCUAGAGGCCAGUAAGGUGGUCAGGGACAUUGCCCAAGCUCUUGAUUUUCUACACACUAAAGGCAUUGCUCAUAGAGACCUUAAGCUGGAGAACAUCCUUUGUGAAGGCACCGAUCGGGUGUCCCCAGUAAAGAUCUGUGAUUUUGACUUGGGAAGUGGAGUGAAGCUUAGCAGUGCCUGUACGCCCAUAACAACUCCAGAGCUCACCACACCGUGUGGCUCAGCAGAGUACAUGGCUCCAGAGGUAGUGGAGGUGUUUACUGAUGAGGCCUCGUUUUAUGACAAACGCUGUGACCUAUGGAGUCUCGGGGUCAUCCUCUACAUCCUUCUGAGCGGUAGCCCCCCCUUCACAGGCCACUGUGGCACCGACUGUGGCUGGGACCGGGGAGAAACCUGCAGAACCUGCCAGAGUCACCUGUUUGAGAGCAUCCAGCAGGGCAAGUAUGAAUUUCCAGACAAGGACUGGGAUCACAUCACAGAGGGGGCCAAAGACCUCAUAUCCAAGCUGUUGGUUCGGGACGCAACUCUGCGCCUCAGUGCUGCUCAGGUCCUCAAGCACCCUUGGGUGCAGGGGAACGCUCCAGAGAGAGGUCUUCCAACUCCUCGUAUUCUACAGAGGAACAGCAGCACUAAGGACCUGACCCAGUUUGCAGCAGAAGCCAUCGCCUUUAACCGGCAGCUGUCCCAGCACGACGAGCAGCAUGAAGAUGUCGGAGCCAUCGUCUGCUCCAUGAGGCUUUCUCCUCCUUCCAACUCAAGACUGGCCCGCAGACGGGCGCAGUCCAACGCCAUGCGCACCACGGACUUCGCACCCGCUUCGGAUGACCUCACAGCCUAAAGGAUGUGUGCGUGUGGCCACACAGUAUCAGAGGAGACUAACUGUUCUUGGUGUUGAAGCUUUUUCCCCUGGCCAGUAAUCUUAUCACCUAGAGAGAGUUUAAACACCAAGGGGACAGUUAAUCGUCGGCUACCGCCUCCUAAUUGAAAACAUAGUUUUCCUGAGAUUUGUCCAGGAAACGUUUUAAGCUGCCUAUGUUUUAAACAACAGCUGAUUUCAUUUGAGAAUAGCUUUGGGUUUCCUUAGUCUUAACAGAUUUGUCUAUUUCCUAUCCAAUGAUUUUAAUCUUUAUAAUCACCCCAAUACAGCAGAAACCUCUUAAUGCCAGCAGUUUAUAUUGAAUAUCUAAACGGUACAUAUCAUGAUCAACACAGCAUUACGUGGGUUCAGCAGCUGUUGCUGUCCUAAUGCAAUAUUAUCUCGGUUUGAUAGCUUUUAUUUAUCUUGUUGUCCAACUGUGAAUUGGUUAAUAUUUUAUGUAAAUGUUUCUCAGUUGCUGGAGGAAAAGGGAAGAGUUAUCUUUUAUAUUUGCUUUUUUUCAAGCAUGUUGGUGUAUGUGAUUUUGAAGUGUGUGGAUGUACGUGGUUUAAAUGAUAAAACUGGACUACACUUAGAGGAGACUGUUCACCUCUGGCAAUGGGCUUUUCUCCAUUCUAUCCUUUAAAGUAAUUCUUGCCGACGCUACGUUAAACUUCCAGAAAGUGCAAGAAUGUGAAUGGAUGUUUAAGUUAGAGGAGACCCUUUGAUCAAAUAGUUUUGUGUUUCCUUCCAAUUCUAGCUUUCACUUCAACACAAGUUACCUGUAGCACUGAUGUACUUUAAAAUAAAUCCCUUACUCUAGUUUAUCUGAAAGGGAGAAUAUUACAUCGCAAAUAAUCAGUUUGGUCUAACAAUGUGAAAUCCACACCUACAGUAAUUAUCUUUCAAGAGGUUUUAACAACUUUUUUUUAUCACAUUACCUUUUGUUUUGCACCAUGUCUUUGCACGUUUGUUACUGUACCAAUGUUACACCAUCCCAAAAAGACUUGGUUUCUAGUUGUCUUAUUGAUUUGAUAGGUCAGUCUUUUUAGUCUGAAUGACUUGGAUUUUGCAGAAAUGGUUUUGGUUGUAUGUAGCUAGUACGACCUAAAGAGGUUUUAUGAAUAGCAAUGUUACACUUUGUAGUAAGAUAGAGGUUUCCAAACGGGUUGAAAGGGAUUUAUUUUUAUACAAGUAUUUGUAUGUUGUGUAGUUUUGUAGUGUCUGUGACUGGCUCUGAAUGUGCCAAGGGAAAUAUGAUGGGCUAACCGUGCUAAGACUUCUUAAGUCCAUCAAGUUCCUUUUGAUCUUUUUAUUUAUUUAAUUUUUUUUAAAGAUUUUGUUUUUGUUUUUGUUUCUCAUUAUGGACCCUGUCUGUGUUUGAACGAGGUCACCGAUGGUAGUGUAUCACCUCUGUUUUCCCUAACCCUAUCAACUUAAUGUGUUUCCCGCUUAAUGACACAUCCCCUGAUUUCACACUGUUGCCAUGGACACCCCAUCCCUAUAGCAACAAAGGUCCUUCAUAGGAUGGAAGGAAUUGUCAGAGAUUUGCUCAGAGCGAAUACACACAUUAGUAUACAACCACUUGCUACGUUUCAGCCCUCUCUCCCAUUAUAAAUCAUAAAAGGACUUGUUUGUUCCCCCCCCCCCCCCACCCCCAUCAUUAUGUAAUGGCAUCAAAUGAGAUACAGUAAUUUGUGUGCAAUUAUGGACUCCCAUUGAAAAUUGUCAAAGCUCUUAUGGGGUCUAAUGCAUAAAGCUCUCAGUGUGGAGCAUAUUUUCUCUGGUAUGCUGUGUCCUCAAUAAAAAGAUCCUUAACAGCUCCUGUCUAA